UCUUCCUCACACACCGCACCUCGGUCUCUACCUCUUCCGCCGCCGUCGCCUCCUCUCCCGACUCAUCUCUGGCCCUCUCCGGUGCUCUCCUCCGGCUCAGAGCAGAGCCCGCUAGGGCACAGUCGGCAACCCUUCUUGCUUCCCCUCGGAGGAGCAGUCCAGGAGGGGGCGUCGCCGGCGAGAAGUCGGCCUCAUCGCCAACGGUGACCUCGGGCUCCUCCCGGCGGGUAUUCAAGGGAAGCAGAUUUGUGAGGCUGUUUCAUUGUAAUAUCGAGCGAGUUUUGGUGGCGAUGGACGGGGGCACUACUAGCAAGAGACGAGUAGGAGCCCCAGGAGAGGGGGAGAGCAGCGGCAAGAGGCAGAAUGCAACCAUGGGGAUGGACGCCCUCGACUGCCCCGUCUGCUUUCAUCCCCUCAGGCCUCCCAUAUAUCAGUGUUCUGUGGGGCAUUUCAUAUGCUCGUCUUGCCGUCCGAAGCUUGUGCGCAACAAGUGUCACUUGUGCUCUGCCGAAACUACCUUCAAGCGCUGUCUAGGGAUAGAACGUCUCAUGGAAUCAGUCACGGUCGCUUGCUCCAAUGCCAAUUAUGGAUGCGCCCAGAAGCUCACUUACUACCAGAAAGAAGAGCAUGAGAAGGAAUGCCCGAGCGCCCCAUGUUUCUGCCCGGCGUCCAGCUGCAGCUUUGCAGGGCCAACAGACGCCCUCCUUGAACAUUCCGCCUCCCAGCACAAGUGGCCGUGUACAACCAUCAAUUACUCCGAAGAUGUUGAGCUCUGCCUAGAACCAGGUCUACAUUUUCUUCGUACCAAAGACAGGGAAAUUUUCCUGCUCAACGUGGCACUAGAGCCAUAUGGGCAUGCCAUCUCUGUCGUCUGCAUCCAACCUAAAGCUAUAAACUCCAAGUUCAAGUGUAGGAUGUCCUAUGGUUCCUUUUUAACCAACUAUUAUCAGAGAUCAGUUUACAAGAUACGAAGCUCAUCAUUGUCUGAUGGGCUACCGAAGGGAUACAACUUAAUUCUGCCCAAGGAUGAGAUAGCUGAUGAUGGAAAGGGUACCUUGCUUACGUUCUCCAUUGAUGAUCCUAAUCCUGAAGUAAAGGUGCGUGAGCCCAUAUGUCUGAAACCAGUACGCAGUGUAUGAUUGAAGUGGUAAGGUUCAGCGUGGACGUUCGCGGCCUUCACUGUUUGGUUUUCAUGACUUGUACUCCCUCCGUUCAUAAAUAUAAGUCUAUUUAGAGAUUCCAAUUGGGACUACAUAAGGAGCAAAAUGAGUGAAUUUACACUCUAAAAUAUGUCUAUAUAGAUCUGUAUGUAGUUCUUAUUGAAAUCUCUAAAAUGACUUAUAUUUAGGAACGAAGGAAGUAUAUGCUAAGAGGCUUUAUGAUCUCA